CUUCCCUCAUUUAAAUUCUUCUAAACUCCCCAUUUCCAUCUUCAAAAAUCCCACAUCAAUUUUCUCCAUUAUAGUUCAACUCAGUUCCAGAAAGGAAAAGAGAGAGAGAGAUAGAUGAAAAUGGAAGAUCAAUUAGAAGAAAAUGGUGGAAUUGAAGUCCCUUCCUAUUUCCUUUGUCCAAUUUCUCUUCAACUUAUGAGAGAUCCAGUCACAAUAUCCACCGGCAUCACUUACGAUCGUUCGAGCAUUGAAAAGUGGCUGUUUUCAUUCAACAAAACUGUUUGUCCCAUUACUAAACAACCCUUAUCAUCCGAUCCUGAUUUACUCACCCCGAAUCAUACUCUUCGUCGUUUGAUUCAAUCUUGGUGUACACUCAAUGCUUCUAAUGGAAUUGAAAGAAUUCCAACUCCAAAAUCUCCUAUUGACAAAACCCAUAUCGCCAAAAUCCUUAAACAAGCUCAAAAUUUCCCUAAUUCCAACCAUAAAUGUCUCCUUGCUCUUAAAGCUAUUGCCUUGGAGAAUGAGAGAAAUCGCAAUCUUGUGGCUCAAUCCGAUGGGGCUUUCGAUUUUCUAGCUAUGGUUAUCAAGAGUGGUGGUAGUAAUAAUAUUGCCUCUAUUGAGUUAGCUGUGGAGAUUCUCUUUCAUAUCAAAUCAUCUCAAGCCCAUCUCAAGAAUCUCGUAAAUGGUGAUGUUGAUUUUAUUAAUUCUCUUACUUUUGUUCUGCAAAAUGGGAAUUGUCAAUCUAGAGCUUAUGCGGUAAUGUUGCUUAAAUCAAGCUUGGAACUUGCCGAUCCAAUUCGUUUGAUGAGUAUUGAGAGGGAACUUCUAAGAGAAACUGUGCGUGUGAUUCAUGAUCAUAUUUCUCAUCAAGCGUCGAAAUCGGCAUUGAAGGUUCUUGCUGAGGUUUGUCCGUGGGGGAGGAAUCGUGUGAAGGCAGUCGAGGGAGGUGCAGUCGGGGUUUUAGUGGAGUUGCUUUUGAAUUCGACCGAGAGGCGGUGGUCGGAGUUAGGAUUAGUGGUUCUGGAUCAGCUUUGCGAGUGCGCGGAGGGGCGGGAGAAGCUCGUGGAACAUGCGGCGGGGCUUGCGGUUGUGUCUAAGAAAAUACUUAGGGUUUCGGCCAUGGCGAGUGAUCGAGCAGUGAGGAUAUUGUCAUCGAUUUGUCGGUUUUCGGCGUCCGCGAAAGUGUUGCAAGAAAUGUUGGAGGUUGGGGUGGUGGCAAAGCUGUGUUUAGUUUUGCAAAUGGAUUGUAGUUUGAAGACGAGGGAGAAGGCAAGAGAUACACUAAAGUUGCAUUCUAGGGUUUGGAGUAAUUCCUCUUGUAUUCCUCCACAUUUGUUGUCUGCUUAUCCAUCCACUUGAUGCCUUCUUCUUCUUCUUCUUUUUUAAUUUUUCUUUUCUUUACAUGUAGAAACUUCGAAACAUAGAUUAUUGAUAUGAGCAAAAAUUGCUUGCAAAUUAGGGAUUUUAAAAAUAUUCGACAAUCGAAAAGAAUUGAUAUACCAUUCAA